AAUAAUAAAUGUUUACAAAGAGCACUAUGAGUUUUAUUUCAGUGUAAUUGAAAUAAACGUACGUGAAUAUUUGACUAUUACCAGUCAGCUUAAACUUGUCUCACACCACCCACGCGCUAUCAACUCUUGCCCGUUGCUGACAAUAAUCGACUUUUAAUCGCGGCCGAUAAAUUUUAGCUGCACUUUUUGUUUUUUCAUUUACCAAAACUCGACUUAAUUAAAAGAAAUAAAUUUCUGGUUCUGUUAAUUUGUUCAUUCAAUUUUUUUUUUUUUUUUUUUUUUUUUUGAACAGGCGAAUAUUCAAUGAGGGAAUUUAAAAGUUUUAUAAGUACGUACAAUUAUUAGUGAGAAUAAAUAAGUGUUUAAAAGUAAAAAAUUUGAGAAAUGAGAUACGUUAAAUUCAAAAUAAAGUCUUGGUCAAGAAACCCUUGGACGGAUGAUAAUGAACCCAAUCUCGGGUGAAAAUGCCAAUAGCCGCAGUAAUGAAAAAAUAAAAAUUUCAAAAAACGUGCUGGUAGUUGAAGCCCAAAUCGACUCAUCCGCAAAACCGUCCAACCAUGAGCACGUGAAUCGGAUUACAAAACCAGAUCGGGAUCCUGGAGCUAAUAAUCUCCCAGUAUUUUUUGGCCGCGGAACCUGGAACGUUAAUUCAAUUAAAAACAUUAAGAGAAAAAAUUCCGCGUCUUCGUCGUUCAAUGACACCAGCAAGCCGUUUUUGAAGCCUAAAACCAGUGCCCUGUACCCGGUAAAUCUAGACGAAAUAAUAGAGGUCCAGACAGACGAAGAAAAUGGAGAAGUUUACGAAAAUGAUAACAGUGAUGGCCAAAGAGAAUCAACUAGUCCGCGAAAAAACUCACGUACUUUUUUACGAGGCACUAGGAAUCACGACAAUAACGGAAUUGAAAAGAGACCAAGAUUAUGCGAUAAAGAUCAGUCGGUUCAUAUGACAACAGAAUAUCAACAAGAUGAUAAAAAUAUCCGAGCACGAGAUAGAGAUCACUGUCCCCUAUCGUCCACCAGCGAUUAUUACGACUCUUACCCAAAAGGCUCAUUACGGACGAAAAAGGGCUGCGUCAAACCCAAGCCGGUUAGAGAAGCAACAAGAUGUUCAACUAGUUCUUCUUACAGCUCUCGAGCAACCAGCGGAAACCAGUUGACCCAAAGAGACCUUUACUUGGAUCACAUAAAUCCCGGCGAGUUGCUCCAGAGCUGUGAUAACUGCAGACAGACUUAUUAUUCACCCGACGAGUUAAAUAAAUACGAAAAAAUAAAUUCACCAAAUGAAGAUAAUAAUUACGAGGUAUUUGAUGAUGAAAAACACGACAUACCAGCAUUGCUCAACUAUCGCAGCAGAUCUUUGCCGCAACUGUCUGUCCACGAUAGCGGACUGGGCAGUGGGCAAGAUAACGGACCCGGUAAAUUCAACAAUUCAAAGCUUACGGAUCUGAGGCAACUGUUGACGCUAAGACAGCACUAUUAUCCAGAAACCGGCUGGGGUUGGAUUAUUGUUGUUGUUGGUGUCUUUGUACACAUACUUUCUCACGGGAUUCAUGGAGCUGUUGGGUUAUUUAUUCACCACGCGGCCACCCGUUUCAGUGUCCAGGCUUAUCUCGACGCAGGAUGGUUGGGAGCCAUGUCAACAGGCGUCGCUUUAUUAAUUUCCCCAGUCACAAUAGGGAUCUGUCGCCGAAAAAGUACACGAGUGACAGCAGUGCUCGGGGGUCUUGUGACAGCUCUGGGAUGUUUGUUCACCUCAUUCGCAACACAAUUCCAUCAGCUUUUCUUCAGUUACGGCGCCAUCGUAGGCGUAGGAGUUGGGAUAACACGAGAUUGCAGUACUCUUAUGGUAGCCCAAUAUUUCAAACGCAAACGAGAAUUCGUUGAGAUUUUUAUCGUAUCAGGAAGUGGUUUGGGUAUCGCUAUCAUGUCAGCGUUUAUCAAAACCAUCAUCGGAAAAAUCGGAUGGCGUCUAGGACUACAAGCGGUCACGGUAACCGUCUUUUCAACAUUUUUUUUGGGGACAUUUUAUCGAAGCGCUUCUCUUUAUCAUCCCCAGCGACGCGCCAUCUUGCAUUUGAAAACUCAAAAGCGCAAAAUAAAAGAAAAAAAUAAAGUCGACGACCGACCGCCGAUUUUAGAUUUCGCGACAUUGAGAAGUAAAACUGUCAGAAUUCUAUUGUUGUCUACGGGAAUUUCGGCAUUUGGAAUAAACACGCCGAUUUUUUAUUUGGCGCACCAAAUCGAAGAGGAAGGAUUGGGGGACAUGGUGAUCUUGCUGCAGGCGUAUCUGGGCCUGGGCUGGACGGUCGGCUGCGUUACGUUCGGUCUUUUGGUGAUAAGGCAGAACGUCGAGUGCCGGAUAGCGCGGCAAUAUCUGAUGCAAACGGCGAUAUUCAUUUGUGGGAUUUGCAUACUGGCGUUAACUACUGUCCAUGGAAAUUACUACGGAUACGUCAUGUUCACGUGGAUCUACGGGAUCUUCUGCGGCGGGUAUCAUUACAGCUUGAAAAUGUACACGUACGAACGUGUACGCGCUCGGAAUUUUGUACGCACUUGGGGUUUUGUCCAGUGCUCCCAAGCUAUUCCUAUAGCCAUUGGUGUUCCUAUUUCAGGUUACAUAAAUAUAAGUUUCGGCAAUAAAGCCGGUUACUAUUUUAGUUCAACCUGCGUUUUAGUCGGUAGCUUUACAUUAUUUUUCAUCGACUUACACAAACGGAACCUGUCGAAACACCGGAGCGGUAAAUCCAACGGCAUUAAGCACACGUGUAAUUCAAAUUGCCAAAAAAAACGCGGGCUAUCAUUUAAUCAAGAAGCUGAAAAUGAUAACACACCCGGCGCAAGUGCUAUGGGAUUUAAUCCGAACGCCGAGCACCCGCCAGCUCUCGGUGAGGCGAUUAAUAAACUGAGUGUCGACAAGCCCGAGCUGACUUGUAUAUCCGAGGAAGGCAUCGCCGACAUGGAUUUGCCUGACAAUAUCCUGGACGACAUCGAGUACAUCGGGGACUGCAUAACGUCGUGCAAUAAAGUAGAAAAUUAUUUAAUGCUGUCUGAGUUUGAGAACAAUCUUAUUGCCGAAAUGCCGAUAAUAAUGGACCGCAAGGGACGCAAAUGGUCAUUAGCUCGCUCCAAGAGUAUUCAUGGCAACCCACCCGCCGGGCCCUCCACUAGCCAAACUCUCCUUGACGAGGAUGAUAUUAAAUCUAAAUGGCUUUUAAUGCCCGCCCCAAUUAAUAAUCGAGCUAUUACUGUUAUAGAGGAAGCCAGCACGUCUCAAGUCGAGAGCUGAAAAUAGAUAUGACGUUAGAUAAAAUAAUAAGGGUGGUGCAUCCCUGCAGAGAAUUUAUUUGCAUUGUAAAAUCUCACAAAGUUUUUCUCUGCUCGAAUCAACUCGAGAGAUAAAUCUUUACAUCGCAACAACUGUACGGAAAAUUAUUUUCACAUCGUUCCGUCUCUCAUAUUAAAAAUCUUUAAAGAGAUCACCUCUAGAGCGAUAAUUUUUACAUGGCGCUAAAUUCAAACGUAGAAUUUUUGUUUUGAGAUUUUAUUAAUAAAGUAGAGGUUAAUUUUGAAAAAGAAAGAAUAAAUGAAAGUUGAAUUAAAUUAUUUAAAUAUGACAAGUGAUGACUCAACCUGACGUAAAUUAACCAUCGGAGUAAACUGGGGGUCAUUUUGACCCCAGAAUUUUUUUUAUCCUAAAAUAUUUCUCAAGUUACACAGAAAAAAAGAUAUCGGUGUGUCUAAACGUCCGAUAAUCGGAUGGUUAAUUUAUUUUAUUCGUCCGAUAAUCGGAGCAUGAAUUUUUUUUUUAGGAUAAUUAUCGGACGAAUAAUUUAUUUUAUUCGUCCGAUAAUAUGAAAAUGUAUUAAAAAUUAUAAAAAUAACUUUAUGAUUUUUUGACAAGCAAAGAAAUAGGUUGACUGAUUUUUUUUAUUUUAUAUGAUUUUUUUUUUUUUUUACUUUACGUACAAUUAGUUUAUCUUAUUCGUCCGAUAUUAUGACUUAAAAAUUUUUAAAAUAACUUGUACGAUUAUAGGACGAAUAAAUAUUUAUCAUUCAUACGAUUAGCGGACGACUAGCAACAGCCAAAAGAUAUCUUGAGUCAAGAAAAUAUUUUGGAAGACAAACGUUUUCGGGAACUAAGUCAAGAUUUUCCUGAGCGAAGAAAAUUUGUCUUUGCCCGAGGAGAUUUCUACUUUAUCCGAGAAAAUUGAGGUUUUCAUAAAAAUUUACUAUUAUUCAAGAAUUUUAAUUUUUCUGUGUAGGUUUGAUUUUAAUUAAUUUUAUCAGCGUCAACAAUUUGUUUAUUCGGAAAAAUGAUAGUUGUAUUCGAAAGAGCAUUGUUUUACCUACAAAAAACGUCAUGACCUGCAUUCCGAUAAAAUGCAGAGUUUUUAAGAUAUUUCUUCAAAAGUGAAGUGGAGUCAAUUUGACCCGUGUGUACUCCGAAGGUCUGUUUAGAGGUGUGUACUCCGAAGGUUAAAUAUAUGAAUAAAAUGUCAAAAUAAAAAUUCUGCUGUUCGAACUUGGCGCCAGAAAUUUUGUGAGAUUUUUUAAAGUAGAGAAAUUCUCUGUAGAAGUGCUCCAUACAAAAAUAAUAAUGAUAAUUAAUAAUUAAUAAUUAUAAGUAAUGACGAAGUGAUGGGGAAGCGCAAAAAAUUAUGAAAUAAUUGAUUGAACUUUAUAGUUAAUUAUUAUAAAUUAUUUGUGACAAUAAAUGUUCUAUUUGAUGAUGAAGAUAAGUUGAUGACUGCCAGGUUAAAAUUAAUUGUAAAACACCAAUUAUCCGUCCAAUCGUUGAGACAUUUUUAAAAAUAAUUUAUAACAUCAAGUAGGUGUCGAGUAGACUUUAUUAUUUAUUGCGCCCCAGUCAUUGACGAGUAUUAAACUAGUGUAUAAAGUUAUAAAUAUAAUAGUAAAAUUUUUUUUUUAAUUAUUUAUUUGGUGAAAGUGCAAUGCGGGUAAGAAAGGGGCAAAAUAGGCCGGAGAUAAAUUUCCUGAUUAUUUUUAUUAGUAUUUAUAAUUUUAAGUCACUAAAUUAUUUAUUCAUAUUAUGACUCGUCAUAAAAAAAAACUAGGGGUAAAAUGGGCCGUCUAAACAAUUUUUUUAUGCAAAAAUAAAAUUUAUGAUAAAAUUGUUUGAUGAAAUGGCUACUAAAUUAUUGAAAUAAAAAUUUUUACGGCCCAUUUUGCCCCGCUUUUAUUUUAUCUAGUCGAUAUUUAUUGUAAUGAAAUUAAUUAAAAUUUUAUUUCGUUAUUAUAAAUUAAUUUUUUGUCAGUAUUUAGGUGACUAAUGAGCAAUAGUUAAAAUUGUAAUAAAUAAAAAAUGUAAAAUAAUUUUGUUUAUUUAUUUGUAUGUCUUGUAAUUAUAUAUAAUAUUGUUUUGAAAUAAAUAAAUAAAC